AUGAGUGGAGAGCGCGACCCCGUGCAGCGGUCAGAGGCGGGAUCUCAGGCUGGCGGGAACACCAGGCUCCGACCUCCACAGUCCACAGUGCGCGUGGUGGUCGGACAGGACGGGUUCCUGCCGGAGUCCUGCGACCUUCCGCUCCUGGCACCAAGGCAGUGCCGACCUGGCAAAAGGCGCAUGCGCAUUGGGUCCCUCCGGCGGACAGCUCGCCGGACAGCGGUGCUCACUAGCGCCACCGCGGAUGAGUUGCUCUGCCAGGAGAGCAGCAGUUAUGUGGACUGGACAAGGGACACGUGCAACCUGAGUGCCGGGGUAGUCAAGAUCCGCGCGGAAAGAAAGAACUGGGGCCGCCUCCGUCGGGACCCCGCGGGGAGCUGGAGGCCGCGGCGAACUAGCGCCAGCCGCCUUGGCGCAGCCUGCGGAUUUACUAUCACGUGCCCAGUUCUGAUGGGGAGAGACGGGUGGGUCCAGGGGGAGGGCCCUGCUCACUCACAGUCGGACCCCAUAGGAAAGUCAGGAAGGCGGCCCCGGUCCCACCUGGACUCCCUCUCCCCACCACCACCGCUGUUUCAGUCCGAGUCCUGUGCUGGGGUGGGCCUGGCCCGCUCAGGGACCUCUCAGGAAGAGCUGCGCAUCGUGGAAGGCCAGGGCCAGGGCGCAGACACGGGGCCCUCGGCCGACGAGGUCAACAACAACACCUGCUCAGCGGUGUCCCCAGAAGGUCUCCUGCUGGACAGCCCCGAGAAAGCCGUCCUGGACGGGCCCCUGGAUGCCGCCCUGGACCACCUCCGCCUGGGCAGCACGUUCACUUUCCGUGUGACUGUCCUGCAGGCGUCCAGCAUCUCUGCCGAAUACGCCGACAUCUUCUGCCAGUUUAACUUCAUCCACCGCCACGACGAGGCCUUCUCCACGGAGCCCCUGAAGAACACGGGCAGGGGCCCCCCGCUCGGCUUCUACCACGUCCAGAACAUCGCGGUGGAGGUGACCAGGUCCUUCAUCGAGUACAUCAGGAGCCAGCCCAUUGUGUUCGAGGUCUUUGGCCACUACCAGCAGCACCCGUUCCCGCCCCUCUGCAAGGAUGUGCUCAGCCCCCUGAGGCCCUCCCGCCGACACUUCCCUCGGGUCAUGCCGCUGUCCAAGCCAGUGCCUGCUACCAAGCUCAGCACGCUGACCCGGCCCUGCCCGGGGCCCUGCCACGGCAAGUACGACCUGCUGGUCUACUUCGAGAUCUGCGAGCUGGAGGCCAAUGGCGACUACAUCCCUGCUGUGGUGGACCACCGUGGCGGCAUGCCCUGCAUGGGCACCUUCCUCCUCCACCAGGGCAUCCAGAGGCGGAUAACGGUGACACUGCUGCACGAGACGGGCAGCCACAUCCGCUGGAAGGAAGUGCGUGAGCUGGUCGUGGGUCGCAUCCGAAACACUCCGGAGACUGACGAGUCCCUGAUCGACCCCAAUAUCUUGUCCCUCAACAUCCUGUCAUCUGGUUACGUCCACCCAGCCCAGGAUGACCGGCAGUUUCUUGAUUCGGACAUACCUAGCCUGUCCUUCGGAAAUGACACUAGGACCUUCUACCAGUUCGAGGCAGCCUGGGACAGCUCCAUGCACAACUCCCUCCUGCUGAACCGCGUCACGCCCUACCGCGAGAAGAUCUACAUGACCCUGUCCGCCUACAUUGAGAUGGACAACUGCACCCAGCCUGCCAUCAUCACCAAGGACUUCUGCAUGGUCUUCUACUCCCGCGACGCCAAGCUGCCCGCCUCGCGCUCCAUCCGGAACCUGUUUGGCAGCGGGAGCCUGCGGGCCGCAGAGGGCAACCGAGUGACCGGCGUGUACGAGCUCAGCCUGUGCCAUGUGGCCGAUGCAGGCAGCCCAGGGAUGCAGCGGCGGCGCCGGCGAGUGCUGGACACGUCCGUGGCCUAUGUCCGGGGUGAAGAGAACCUAGCUGGCUGGCGGCCUCGGAGUGACAGUCUGAUCCUGGACCACCAGUGGGAGCUGGAGAAGCUGAGCCUCCUGCAGGAGGUGGAGAAGACCCGUCACUACCUGCUCCUGCGGGAGAAGCUGGAGACCACCCAGCGGCCUGGCCCCGAGGUGCUGUCCCCUGCCUCCAGUGAGGACUCGGAGUCCCGCAGCUCCUCUGGCGCCUCUUCCCCACUGUCAGCCGAGGGCCGGCAGUCGCCCCUGGAGGCUCCCAGUGAGAGGCAGAGGGAGCUGGCCGUCAAGUGCUUACGCCUGCUCACACACACGUUCAACAGAGAGUACACCCACAGCCACGUCUGCAUCAGUGCCAGCGAGAGCAAGCUCUCUGAGAUGUCAGUCACCCUGCUACGGGACCCGUCCAUGUCACCCCUGGGGGCAGCCACGCUCACCCCGUCCUCUACCUGCCCCUCUCUGGUUGAAGGACGCUACGGUGCCACUGAGAUGCGGACCCCGCAGCCCUGCUCCCGGCCAGCCAGCCCAGAACCAGAGCCAGUGCCCGAGGCGGAAUCCAAGAAGCCUCUGUCCCCUGCCCAGGCCACAGAGGCGGACAAGGAGCCCCAGCGCCUGCUGGUCCCCGACAUUCAGGAGAUCCGAGUCAGCCCGAUCGUCUCCAAGAAGGGGUACCUGCACUUCCUGGAGCCGCACACGGCCGGCUGGGCCAAGCGCUUCGUGGUGGUGCGGCGCCCCUACGCCUACAUGUACAACAGUGACAAGGACACCGUGGAGAGGUUUGUGCUCAACCUCUCCACCGCCCAGGUGGAGUACAGCGAGGACCAGCAGGCCAUGCUCAAGACGCCCAACACCUUCGCGGUGUGCACGGAGCACCGCGGCAUCCUGCUGCAGGCCAACAGCGACAAGGACAUGCACGACUGGCUCUACGCCUUCAACCCGCUCCUGGCCGGGACCAUCCGGUCCAAGCUCUCCAGGAGGAGGUCUGCACAGAUGAGGGUCUGAGCUGGAGCCCUCCCGCCAGCCAGCGGCCGGCCCCCACCCUCACCCCCAUCUGUCCUGUCAUGGCUGCCCGGGAGCGCCGAGCCUGGGGCUGUGGCCAGCUGUGCCCCAGCGGAGGCUGCACGAAUUGUCCUUUCUUCCUCCUCAACUGUUCUGGGUGGGAAGAGUUGGGGUUUUGGGGAGGCCAGAGGCACAAGACCCGGUGUUGCUGCCAUUCUAAUAUUUUUUUAAGCAUAGACAGACUUAUAAUUAAUAUACGUUAGUGAGUGACGUUGAAACAGCCACUGAGAAAUUAACUACAAGACUGUGCUCUAUUUAUAAGUAUUUAUUUCUAAUGCCUCCACAUAGGCCUGUAGCAUCAGAUGGGAGCCGCCCUCCACCCCCUGCACUCCAGCCUGGCAGGGGCAGAGCGAGGGAAGAGGAGUCUGGACGUGCACACAGGUGCACCUGACCCAGGUUUCCCAGAGCCUCCUCGGUGUGUGGGGUCUCCAGGUGCCUGAGGUUGGGCUGCUGGGAAGGUGUGUGUUGCUUCCAGUCAGGUGCUAAGGGGGGGCGACAGCAGCUUCUCCAGCAGGGUGGGAGGGUGAGCUGAUCAGGUGAGGCCACGGGGACUGUUCUGGGCAAAGCCUGGGAGGGAGAAGGUCAGGGUGUCCAGCUGUUGGGCAGGUGGCUGGGUUCAGGCACAGGGCUGUUGGGCAGCAGACAAGGUCAGCAUUCAGGGUGAGGGUCUCAGGGCUUGGGCUGUAGCCUGUCUGGCCGCGGCAAGCUGGAAGAGUGUCAGGUGGCUCUGGGAAGAAGCUCUGUGGUCCACCUUCCUCUCCACCCCAGGGAGCAGAUCCCACGCGUGAGGUGUCCUGGGCAGGCAGGUGGGGGCAGAUGCCCGGUUGUCAUGACUGUCAAGGGUUCUGCCCGUGGGAAUUCCACCCACAGGCCAGUUUGAAAAACAGAAAUGGAACUGCAAGCCCCCUCCACAGCCCUCCCGGGCCAGGCAGCCGGCGGGCUGGGCACCUUCCACCCCUCUGCCAGCUCCAGCUGCUUGGCUUGAAUGAGCCAGUGUGUCUGAGCCUCCCCAGUCAGCACGGGAAGUCCCUGUGUGCACUACCCUGACCCAUGAACACGCAGCCACUCUUCUGGGGGAGAGGCCAGAUGUGUGGGCCCCUUUCAUCCGACGAGAAGUUCAGGUUUCCCUUGGGAAACUGUCCAGGCUUCUUGACCCUUGCCCCAGACCGUGGGGUUCAGGGUGAACAGCAUUGUGGAAGCAGGAUCUGCACCUGCAGCCAGGGCAAGACCAAAUGCAAGUUGAGACAGGAGCUUGCCCUCUCCACCUGAACUCAGCCGAGCAGGAGCGGCCGCCUGUGGCCCAAGGCCCAAGGCCCAGACCUGUCAGGAAGCGUCAGGUCUUAGGACAUAGCACAGCACUUUCUUAGGAGAGAUGCUAGAGACUGGAGCAUCCCAGGCUGAAGUUAAACCUUGUGCAGAAACCAGGUGGACAACCCUGGACCUUGGAGGCAGUGGGCUGAGACAUGGUGUCCACAGGCGCUCACCUGGUGCUGGUGACCCCUUGGAGGCAGGGAGGACCGGGCAGAGCUCACUGCUCAGAGUCGAGUUGGAUCUCAAGGGCCACACCCUUUGCAGCAGGCGUGGGGGAGGCCAGGCCCCCUCGGCCACUCAGGUCAGCCAGCCUGAAGCCACGGCCUCGGAAGGGUCUGGACGGCCCACCAGCAGGUGUCUGAGGCCAGCCAACCUGCAGAGCACCUGCUGCCUGGGGUCCGGCUGAGGGAGAGGCAGGGAGCCUGCCGUCCUGCCGUGUUCAGAAGCCCCCACCAGGAAGGCCUGGGCAGUGCCAUGCUGGCACUGGCUGCAGGCUGCCCUGGGCUUCCUGCCCCAUGGGCCGCCCAGGGUCAGUGCAGAAGCCCAAGUAGAUGGUCAGGGCCUCCUGUCCACGAGGCGGAAAGCCCAUCCUGCUUGAAACCACCCAUGUGCCCAACUCACGGAGGACAGUCGCCCUGCCCCUGGAAUGCAGUGUCCACAUCUGUGCCGUGGAGGGCUCCCUUGGGGUCUUCCCGUCCUGUGAUGCAGAGAGGGCACCUGGUCUGCAUGUGGCCACCAUUGCUUGCUGAGUACUUAAGGCGAGAGGUCAGGAAAGCCGUCCCCGGGGCGGUUUUGUUCUGAUGCUUGAUACUGCCCAGCUGAGGCCUUGCUUUGCCGUGGGGUGGCACCCUUCCCUCAGGGGAAGUGGCUCCAGACAGGCCGGCUCCUGGGCGCCUGUGAGGUCGAGAAGCCCAAGUCCACCUGCUGAGAGAUCCUGCCAGCACUUUGCUGGCAGAGCUGCCCAGAGUGGCCUUUCCCUCCCUCCUGGUCCCUGGAGGCCCGCAGCACCUCAGGGGUCCUGACUGGCUGAGGUCACAGGCGAGAGCGGUGGUGCUGGCCCCGUGCAGCUCCUCCCGGCCUAGUGGCCCCAGAAAGCACUCUCCUUUGCCCCUGCAGCCCCUGGGACAGACAGCUGUGACUGGCCCCCGUCCCCUUGGCCUGGGCUCCCUGUCGUCCAUCUGUUCCAGUGCCCCUUGGCUCGGAGGCUGCGUCCCUGGCUUGUACAUAUGUGAUUGCUGUAGGCACGCCCUGACCCUGUGUCCCCCCGCGACGUAGCGCCUCGUCCCCACGUCCUGCCCGAGUGUUCGCUCUAGGCCCCUGUACUGUACUGUGUGCACAUGAGGCUGUGUCCAGCCAAGAAAUAAACGUGGCUCCUGUGCAAC